AUGGGGUCUCGCAUGAAGGACGUGCAGCGCAAGUUGGACCUGAGUUUGGAGGACUUGGUAGAGGAGCAGAAGCACACCGGCGGAGGCAAAGGCGGUGGCCGGAAGAGAAGGCGUCCGAGCCCAGAGCCCCGGGAGCCCCGGGAGCCCCGUGAGCCCCGGGAGCCUCGGGAGCCCCGGGAGCACCGGGAGCACCGGGAGCCGCGGCGGGAGCGCGUGCGGGAGGCUUCAGAGCCACGUCCACCUCGGGAGGAGCAGGCCCCCAGGGAGAAGGAGAAAGAGAAGCGAGGAGGUUCGCCCAAGGAGCCAAAGCGCCCGCGCAGCGGGGCGGAGGUUCCGGAGGUGGCCGGGGCCAGGAAAACGGGCAGGCCGCCGCAGCCGGCAGCCUCGCCUCAUCCGGGUCCCAUGCCCUACCCCCAGAUGCCGCCGGGCUGGCCUCCGGCCUACGACCCCCGGCAGCCGGCCUGGCGACCGGUGGCGCCGCACAUGUACGCGCGGCACCCUCCUCCUGUCUUCCGGCCCCCCGCGUACGGCGCACCGCCGCACAUGCCGGGCUACCCUCCGAUGAUGCCAGUAGCGCACCCGCCGCCUAGUGGGCACCACCGUCCGGCGGCACCUCCGCCAGCCUACCCUCCCGGGCAGCUGGCGGCGCCAGUGCCACCAAGCUCCAGGAAGCGCGAGAGAGCCCGAGACAGGGACGGCCAACAUGGCCGCGAGCACGGGCGGCACUCCUCGCACGCACCGCUGGAAGCAGUUCCCUCCAAAAUAUCGCCGCCCCACGGGUUCCAGGUCCGCCUGAGCAAUAUCCCGCCAGAGCUGACGGCUAGAGACUUGGCGGAGGCUUUCGCGGAAGUUUCAGCAAGCCGCGUCGAAUCCGUGGACCUGCUCCGGGAUGGCUCCGGCAGGGCCACCGGCGAAGCUGUGAUCAUCUUUGGUGGGAUGCCCGACGCCCAGAACGCAGUGCGCCGUUACCACGGCGGAGACCUCAAUGGCCGUCGUUUGGAGGCCGUCUAUGAGGGCGAGGUCAAUGCGACUUCCAAGCGAUAG